GGAUAGAACUCAAAUCCUAAUCAUUCUAUCAAGUUCGAACUCGAACCUCUAAAAUAAAAUUCGACCGAAAUCAAGUCGAAUUUCAAGCUUCGACUCCACAGGGUUACAACUGUUAAACACCCCAAAAUCACUGCAACAGAACAAAAAUCCACUUCUGAGCAGAAAAAUAAUUUCCCGAUUUACCCUUUUACAUAAAUCCAAGCUCAUCAGACAUCACUUGAUUCAAACUCUUGGUUAACAACAGUGCAACUUCUGGUUAACUGCUUAAAGCCUUAAACUUCGUCAGCUGUACGAGGAUUUUUCAUCUUCUCUUAAGGGUGAAAUGGCAGCAGAGCCAGUUAAUGUGAAUGAGUUCCAAAUUCUGGCAAAGCAAAUUCUUCCUAAAAUGUACUAUGAUUUUUACAGUGGAGGGGCAGAAGAUCAGCAUACAUUGAGAGAGAAUAUUGAGGCAUUUCAAAGAAUUACGUUUCGGCCUAGAAUCCUGGUUGAUGUUAGUAGAAUAGAUAUGGCUACUAGUAUACUGGGUCAUACAAUCUCUGCACCUAUUAUGAUAGCACCAACUGCUAUGCAUAAGCUAGCACAUCCUCAAGGAGAAAUUGCUACUGCUAGAGCAGCAGCUGCAAGCAACACUAUAAUGGUUUUUUCCUUCUCUGCUACCAGCAGUUUGGAGGAGGUUGCUGCUAGCUGCAAUGCUGUUCGUUUCUUUCAAUUAUAUGUGUAUAAACAACGGGAUAUUGCUGCUACCUUAGUGCAGAGAGCUGAAAAGUAUGGUUAUAAAGCUAUUGUACUAACAGUCGAUACUCCAAAAUAUGGUCGAAGAGAAGCUGACAUAAAGAAUAAACUGAUUGUACCUCAGCUGAAAAAUUUGGAGGGUCUUUUAUCAAUUCCAACAGAUAAAGGUUCGGGCUUAAAAGCUUUCAAUGAUACACUUGAUUCUUCUUUGUGUUGGAAGGAUAUAGGAUGGUUAAAAUCUAUUACAAACUUGCCAAUUCUGAUCAAAGGAGUACUGAGUCGUGAAGAUGCCAUGAAGGCUAUGGAAAUAGGUGUUUCAGGAAUUAUUGUCUCGAAUCAUGGAGCUCGCCAACUAGAUCACACUCCUGCCACUAUUUCUGUUCUAGAAGAGGUUGUUCAUGCUGUUGGAGGAAAAAUUCCAGUUCUCUUCGAUGGAGGAAUACGGAGGGGAACUGAUGUAUUCAAGGCCAUGGCACUUGGUGCCCAAGCAGUCCUUGUUGGAAGGCCUAUAAUCUAUGGGCUGGCAGUGAAGGGAGAAGAUGGAGUAAAACAAGUGAUGAAAAUGCUGAAGGAUGAACUUGAGCUCACUAUGGCCCUCUCGGGCUGUCCUAGUCUGAAAAACAUUACAAGAAAUCACAUAAGAACUAAUCACGAUAGAGUCCGAUCUGUGCUCUAAUGCUGUCACAAUCCACCGGAAAGUAUUCUGCAUUCAACUUGAACCCGCACCAUGUCUACUGCUAUAUAACACAGUAGUAAUCAUUUUAAUUGCCUUGAAGCACCCUCUGUUAGUACAAAGAGUCUGUGUAUGUAAUGACCCAUAUUUGUACUGUUCUCAUUUGGGUUGCAAUCAUCAUAACUGGAAAUGAUUGUUUUCAUUCAGGUUGCAACCCAUUGAUGGAUCCGUGCUUAAAUUAUUUGUAUUAGUACUUUUUCAUUUGAGCAUCAUUUGGCAAAGGUGAGUCGGUUCUGUUUUUUCA